AUGAAAAUCACACAAAACGUUAAGCUCGUACUCUUCUUCUUCUUCAUCUCUAUCCUCUUCAUCGCCGUGUCCGCGGGUGAGUCUAAAUGCGAGUGUUCACACGAAGGCGAAGAAGAAAACAAAGCUGGAGCGACGAAAUACAAGAUCGCCGCCAUACCUUCCGUUCUUGUCGCCGGAGUUAUCGGCGUUCUCUUUCCCUUAUUAGGAAAAUACUUUCCGUCGUUAAAACCGGAGACGAAAUUCUUCUUCGUGACAAAAGCCUUUGCCGCCGGCGUAAUCUUGGCCACGGGGUUCAUGCACGUGUUGCCGGAAGGUUACGAGAAGCUGACGUCACCUUGUUUGAAAGGAGAGGCUUGGGAGUUUCCGUUCACUGGUUUCAUUGCGAUGGUGGCAGCGAUUUUGACUCUCGCUGUUGACUCUUUUGCCACGUCAUAUUUCUAUAGACUGCAUUUUAAGCCGUCUAAGAAGAUCGGUGACGGUGAAGAAAAAAGCGGUGGCGGUGGAGAUGAGCUCGGGUUGCACGUGCAUGCUCAUGGUCACGCGCACGGAAUUGUAGGUGUCGAUUCGGCUGGAUCCGAGAUUCAAAUUCACCGGAGCCGAGUUGUGGCCCAGGUGUUGGAGGUGGGAAUAAUAGUACACUCAGUGGUAAUAGGAAUAUCACUGGGAGCAUCACAAAGUCCAGACACCGCCAAAGCUCUCUUUGCUGCUUUAAUGUUUCAUCAAUGCUUCGAAGGCCUUGGCCUUGGUGGCUGCAUCGCUCAGGGAAAUUUCAACUGCAUGUCGAUUACAAUAAUGUCGAUACUUUUCUCGGUAACAACACCGAUAGGAAUAGCGGUUGGAAUGGGAAUCGCAAAUUCUUAUGACGAGUCGAGCCCAACGGCUCUGAUAAUGCAAGGAAUCCUAAACUCCGCAUCCGCAGGGAUCCUCAUCUACAUGUCUUUGGUGGACUUUCUCGCAGCAGAUUUCAUGCACCCGAAGAUGCAAUCAAACACUGGGCUUCAAAUCAUGGCUCAUAUUUCUCUUCUUGUCGAUAUCUUCGCCGGUUUCCUGGGAUUGCAAGCCGAAGACGCCCAACAAAAUGUGAAGCACCAUAGGGUGUGGCUCCUCGAGUGUAAAGCUCCAAGCAAAAGAGCUUUCCUGUUAGGGAUAAUAGCAUUGGCAUGUUUGGUAGGAGCUCACAUCAUUGCCAAUUUGAUCGGAUGCAGUAUCUCCAGUCUAGUCAAAGCAUUCGCUGGCGUACCUAAUAUCACUGGAUACUUCAACGUAGCCUGCCUUGGUCUCACUUGGAUCGUAGGAAUCGUGGGAGGAGGGAUUCUUACGAUGGGGAUAUGGUCGAACAGAGAGUCGAGAUCACAAUGUGGAAUCACAAACAAACACUUUCUCUCUCUGGGAGGCAAAGUGUGUUUCCUUCAUGCUAUUGUCUCUGUCGUUUUUUACGUAUCGCAUAUUGUCGCUAAAACAAGUUGUUUUUGA